UAAUUAUAACCUACCACCGUCAUCAAAACUCAACACCGAUCAAUUCGCUACAUGAUCUUAAAAUCGUUUUUAUUUACAAACUUUCCAUCACGUUCCACUGAAAAAAAAGUGUUGUGCUCGCUCGUUCUGAUAUAUUCCGAUAACUAUUACACAUUGGCCCGUAAUCGACACUUUGGCGGACUUGACCUAGUAACAACGAAGAACGAAUAGCGUUGCUAAGAAACAGUACGUGUGGUAUCGGCGGCAAUGGCGGUGGUAAGGUAUUAGUUCUCCGACACUUUGGAUCUAAUUGAGAAUAAUAUUUUAUACUCGUACGCCCUCGUCACCGUUUGGAAAGUUAUUCGGACCGAAAACAUCUCGAAAUGCCUUCAAUCCAUUGUAGGGGCGGGACAUCGAAGGUACAGUGGUUGGAGAAGAUCUCUAUGAAAAAUGGAUUCAAACCCGGAGUCUACGAAAAAUACGGGCUGUACAUGGGUAAUUGGGAAUACGACACGAAACAAGGAAAAGGAAAAAAAUCCUACAAGAACAAAACAGUUUACGAAGGAGAUUGGGUCGCGAACAAAAGACAUGGUUUUGGCGUACUGAUGAAGAAAGUUGAUGACCAUUUUGUGUAUGUUUACGAAGGACAAUGGAUUAAUAAUCGAUUCGCUAGAGGUAAAUGGUACGAAGAGGACGGCAUUUACGAUGGUAGCUUUUCGACGGCUGGUAGUAGAAUUAAAUGCGGUUACGGGACCAUGCGGUGGAACGACGGUGCUGUAUACCGAGGCCAGUGGCGCAACAACGAGUACAACGGCCGAGGAAAAUACGUAGAAGUAAACGGCAACAUUUAUGACGGACAAUGGAGUAACGGUUUGAAACACGGCGAAGGCGUGUACGUGUUUAAAGACAAAGGUCAAUUCAUGGAGGGAGUUUGGGUUAAUGGUAUCCUGAAACUCAGCACUAUUCGAUAUAUUGACGAACCAAAAAGUAUGCGUACACAAUAUGUGAUGCCAGAGAUUUCAAAAUCCGAUGAGAAAGACAUAAUAGAAGCUUACGAGUACACCAAAUCGGAAAUGCUCAAAAACCUGUGAAAGACAUGGAAGUUUUUUCGUUAUAAAAUUAUAAAUUUUAUAUAUUAUCUUACAGUUAUUUAUAUAGUAUGGUAUAAUAAUAUACUAUACUAUAUGUGUGUGUGUGUGUAUCAAAGAGAAUGAGGUAAUGUAGAAAUUGUCUAUCUGAGUGUGAAUAAUUUUUAUAUUUUUUUUUCGUGAUCUAACAAUACAGUCAAGAAAUGUUAUGUCGUUUCGGUUGCUCCCAUUCAAAAGGACAGUUUUACGAGUUUGCCAAAUAAUAAGGAUAAUACAUUAAGCACAGUAGAUUUAAACUAGGAAUCCCGAAUCGGUAUCUGAAUAUUUCGGUUCAACUCCUUUUGUUAAGCUUGAUGAAGUAUCCCAACGAUUAAACAUUGUUCGAGGGUAACAGUAAGUAUAGUUGUAUGAUCAGGGUUUCGAACGAUGGUUAUACUAAGGAAGUGAAUAACAUAUAAUAUGCAAAUGCAAGACUUCCUUUGUAAUUAUUUUACUUAUAUGUAUAUAUAUAUAUAUAUGUGUGUGUGUGUGUGUGUGUGUGUGUGUACGCAUAAUGAUCUAUUUAAGUGUGUAAUAUACUAAUUAUUUAGAAAAAAUUAAACUUGAUUGAAAACAUUAUUUUAAAUAGUCCGAUAUCAUUAAAAAAGACCAUUAUUUACAAUUUAUAUUUUUGUUAUCAGCUAAAGUUAUUACAUUUUUUAAACCAUAUGUUUUAAAUUUAAUAAUCCAAAGCAGAAUAUUUUUAAAAGUACCUCAAUACAUAUAUAUUAAAUUUAUAACGAGUAGUUAAUAUAUUUCAGAGUAAGGUAAUGCAAUUAGUUUACUCGAUAAAAUUAAAUUUCAAUGUGUCAUGAUAUCUGAAAUAGAAUAAUUAUUUUUUCUAUCAAUUGUAUGCAGUUAUGUACCUAAAAAAAAGUUUACCUUGUAAUUUAGUGGCUUAAAAUUUUGCGUUGCACCUAUCUCUGCGCAAUCAAAUAAUAUUUCUCUAAUCUAAAAUGUAUUCAUUUAUAAAGAUAUAACUAAUUCAUUACUCAUUUUAAAUUCAAUUUUAAUUAUUCUAAGUGAUUUUAAAAAUAUUAUUCUCCAAAAUAUGAAAUAAAGGUUGUGUGUAUUGUUAUUCAAAAAAAAAAAAAAACUUAAACAAAUAUAUCAUUAAAAAAAAAUUUAAAAAAAAAAAUUAUUUUUUCAAAAAUGUUAUUUUAUAAUAUCAUUAAAUUAUGUAAAACCAAUACUAAAAAAAAAAAAAAAAAUUAAAACUUUUUGAGAUGACAAAUGCAGUACCUACUGCAUACACUUAAGUAUACAUUUCGUUAUUAAAUAUGUAUGUUAGAAGUUUUGGUGAAGUCUUUAUUGUUAUUUUAUGAUAAAAUAUUUUAUUUAUUUCUUAUAACUAUUUAUAUGGUUAAUAUAAAAUAAACACAAAAUCAUAUAAUAUUAAGUAUUAUCAUAAUAAUAAAAUCAUUAGCUGUAAUGAUAGUAAUAAACUCAUAGACAACACUCUGUUAUUAGC